AAAAAGAGAAGGGUAUCAUUCUAAGAUUGUGAACAGAAGAUGGUGGCCUUGCUUAUAGUUAUUCUGCACUUCAUUCUCAUUGAAGGAGUUUAAUUAACCAAAGUCUACCUAAUGUCCACCUAUGACCCCUUUCAUGACAUCUCAUGGCUUGUGUUCAUUUUGUAGUUCUGUGGUUUUCUAAGUUUGACUGUGGUUCCCAUACUCUGUCCCCAAAUAGAUAUAUAAUGGGAGCUGAAUCUGAUUCUGUUGAUGCCAUUUGCUUGAAAAUAGCUAGCUGUGUGCCUUAUUUGCACCUUUUCAUUGUGGUGAUUUUCAUCCUGACCAUAGUACAGCCAAAAUACAUGCAAUUUUGCAUUUGGUACCAGGUCAGUUUAAUAGUAAAUGUAAUGAUAUAAAAUGAAGUUAAUGUUGCUAAUUUUAGCACUGUCAUUUUAAGAAAUGUACCACGUUGAGACUGCAAAUGUUUUACUUUAGGAUUGGGCAGUAAUGGACCUCAUCAGUCAUGUGAAGAUCAGGAAUUCAGCUGAGAGAUGUGUUAAUGAUCCUUGUGCAUCCUGCCAUCACUGAUGCAUGUGGUGCUGAUGGUAGGUCUGCCUAAUUGGGAUGCAGCUAUUAUCCAUGAUGAUACAUAGUCUCAUAUUUUAGAAUCUCAGAAUAUCACAACUUGGUAGGGACUCAUGAGGAUCUCCAACUCCUAAUACUUGGGACAACAUGGCAUAAAAAGUUGAAGGGUUGGUGAGAUCUCAGAGCUGUUGGAUUAAUAAUGUAAGUAGAAAGGAAAGAAAAACAAUCUUCAAACAAUUGAAAAUACUCUCAGCAGAUGCAGUGUGAGUUUUCUUAAGAAACAAUCCAGUCACUGAUGUAUAAAAUCUCAGUGUAAUUAGCUUUGCCACCAUUUUAAAAAAUAUUUUCUUCUCUCCUUUAGCGAUUAAUUUUAUGAAAAAUUCUCUCACCUGUUUUUGACAAGAAUGUUCAUGCAUGCUCUCCUGUUGAAGGAAAUUAGAAAAGCAAAAUAAUGAAUUGCUGUUCCAGUCUGCUAGCUUCUUUUUGUUGUGGUCUGUGUAGCAAGAUCCUUCAGCUAGUGCCAUGUACUCAUCUCAGGGAGCAGCUUGGACUCACCAUUUGAACAGCAGCCUUGUGAAAAUAAGGUAAGAACCAUUUCUUGCCAGUCAGUGGAGCAUGAAAUACAGACAGGUUUUUUUAAAUGUUGGUUUUGUUGUUUUUUUUCCUCUUACUGUUCCAAGGCCAGAGGUACAGGCAAAGUUGUCAUUUUGUCUUCAGCCAAACAGAUGUGUUGGUACUGCAGUCAGAGCAUGGAGGUGUUCUGACCCAGAGGUUGGGCCACAUUCUAGUUUGAGGUUUUACAGUGAGACAAACAAGUUCAGCUCACUGUUCAGGAGAAAUGAUGGGUGUGGGGGUAAUGGAUUAGUGUUGGUAUCGCAGCGCAGGUUGGGGCUCGCAAAGCAUUGAAAUCAGCAAACAGUGCAAAGUAAUGUGUUAUGAAAAGGGAAAGGGGGAGAUGAUCUGGAAACAACCAGCCAUGGGGAGCACGGUGUUGUGGUGAGGCUUUGAGACUCCCGACCAUCUCCAGAGAGCAGCAUCAGAGCUUCCUAAGUGUGGAUCUUGAAGAAAUCGCUAAUCCCUGUGCCUUUGCAGAACUAAGGGACCAGUUACAGCCAAAUUUUCAGUGUGGAUCUCAGACUGAGUUUGGGAUUUAUGUAAGUUCUGAGUACAGAUCGGUUUAGAACCUUACAGAAGUAGUAACACUCAUUGCAAACUGAUCGUUUCAGCAGCUUCAGGCUGAGCAUUGUGUGUGCAUACAAAGCUCAUUCUGUAGGUGGCUGAAAGCCAGUGUUGACUAUGGCAGUCACCAUCCAUCUCCUUUCCACAACGGUUAAAUGCCUUUUUCGUGUUUGUAAUCAUAGCAUCUGACAUAAACCUUGCAUAAAAAUAACCAAAUGAACUAAAAAGAUCAUUUUGAGACAUAAAUGACUUUAUUGAGGUGGUAUUUGACUUCGGGUCUGGGUUUAGCACGUGGAACGUAGGAGGAGUGCAGGAAGCCAGGCACCCCGGCUCGCUUCUGCCCUUCCUUUCUUCUCCACAGCGGGGCCUGCUGCAGUGCCUCUGUGCCGCCUGGGGCCUUGGCAGCUGGGCAAGGGAGCGCUCCAUUUUGCGUAUGGUUUUUUAAUGCUUUCAUGGUGUUGGUUUUAAAGAUUCUGUGAAGAUGAAAAGGGAGAUCUUAUGGUUUUACAGAAUAUAGACCAAGACCUUCUGACAUGACGGCAAAAAAUGUUGGUGUGACUUCCACAAAUGGAGACUUGAAAGGAUUUAUAGAUCAGAACCAGAGUCCAACAAAAGGUAAUAUUUCAGUAAUCACACUACCAGUUUCCAGUACCAACUCCCCAACAAAGAUAUUGCCAAAAACCUUAGGACCAAUCAAUGUGAAUGUUGGACCCCAAAUGAUAAUAAGCACAUCACAAAGACUGACCAAUUCAGGGGGUGUUCUGAUUGGGAGUCCGUAUAACCCAGCUCCAACGAUGGUGACGCAGACGCACAUAACAGAAGCUACUGGUUGGAUUCCAGGGGAAAGAAAGAGAACUCGAGAAUUUAUAGAAUCAGAUUUUUCAGAAAGUAAAAGAAGCAAAAAAGGAGACAAAAAUGGGAAAGGUCUGAGGCACUUCUCCAUGAAAGUAUGUGAAAAAGUUCAGCGUAAAGGAACAACUUCAUACAAUGAAGUUGCUGAUGAGCUGGUAUCAGAAUUCACAAAUUCCAACAGCCACCUCGCUGCGGAUUCGCAGGCUUAUGAUCAGAAAAAUAUUAGACGGAGAGUUUAUGAUGCCCUUAACGUGUUGAUGGCAAUGAAUAUAAUUUCAAAGGAGAAAAAGGAAAUCCGAUGGAUUGGCCUUCCUACAAACUCAGCUCAGGAAUGUCAGAAUCUAGAGAUAGAAAAACAGAAGCGGAUUGAACGGAUAAAAGAGAAACGAGCCCAGCUACAGGAACUGCUGCUGCAGCAAAUAGCUUUCAAAAACUUGGUACAAAGAAAUCAGCAAAAUGAACAACAAAAUCAAGGCCCCCCAGCCUCAAACUCCACAAUACAGCUGCCUUUCUUAAUCGUCAACACUAGCAAGAGAACCGUUAUUGACUGCAGCAUAUCAAGUGACAAAUUUGAAUACCUCUUCAAUUUCGAUAACACUUUUGAGAUUCAUGAUGACAGUGAAGUGUUGAAGAGAAUGGGAAUGUCCUUUGGGCUGGAGGAAGGCAAAUGCUCAGCUGAAGACCUAAGAACUGCAAAAUCUCUGGUGCCAAAAGCUUUAGAAGGCUACAUCACAGAGCAAACUGGAAGAAGAGAGCUCUUCCCAAGCGAGGAAGGAAAGAGAGGAAAGGAGCAUCAUGAAUUGGUUGAGUUUAACCCUGUAUGUGAUCCAGCUGCGUUCACACUUGGAGGUGGGUGAGCUCUGCUAAGACUUACCUGCAUCUCUGUCCAUGUAGGAUGUGCUCAAUGUUGUGUGCAUGCUCUUAGGCACACGGACUGUGGGUUCUCCUGCUCUCUUUAUUAUCUUGGCCAGUCAUUUUUAUACUCCCAUUUACUAUGUAAAGCUUGUGAUAAUUAGAUAAAAGGUGGCCAGCACAAGCCAUCUAAGAACUGAGCAUCUGCGAGUAAAGCAAGAGAUUCCAGAGAGGAAUCCACAUUAGGUCCUUAAAAUACAUGAUGUCAAGAAAUUGCUGAAAAUAAAUCAGAAUUCAGUUGUAUUCACUAAAAGCAAUACUUUUUAGGCAUUGCAUUUCAAACUACCACAAGUGUGUUUAUAUUAAAUCAAAACAUACUUGUUUUUCUUAGUCCACUUGUUCUGUAGAUUUAAAAUUCAGAAUACAUCUUUUAAUUUCACUCACUCUUGAAAUUACACAUCUGUCUGAUGCUGCACCAGUGCCAACAAAAAAAAAAAUAUCACAAGGAACAAAGUAAGAAUUCUUUCAGCUUGAUUCAGUAAGUAUUAUUUAUCACAAAUUACCAGUGUCAAAACAAAGGGCAGGAGUAGAACCACAUCUUCUAAUAUUGCUAAAGUCUUGAGUUUCUUAAUGGACCCCACGUACAGAAGAGCAAAAUUUCUAUUUAAUUUUAAUCCUGCAUUCAUGCAUAUUCAGAGAAUAGGAUUUCUUCAAGUUUCAAAGAGUUGUUUGUUACUCUCUUUUCAGUGUAAAACCAGCUUUUUAAAAAUUAAAAAAAAAAAAAACCCUGCAUAGCUAAAUCAGUGAUUGACUUGUUUUGAAGAAACAUCAGCCACACCAAUGUACUGCUAGUGUGACUUUGUUAUUGACAACAUUACAGGCAGACAACCACAGCACUCCCAUACAAGGAAGAAACAAGACAUACUCUGUCCCAAGAAAAAAAAAACACAACUACUAACAGCUACAACAGAUUAUAAGAUUGCAGAUUGCAAGAAUGCUGUGAUGAGGGCUGUUUCACCAGUAGCAGAGCAGCAGCCAGAAACCUGUCUUGAAUUUUGAUAGGAAAUGUAUUGAUCUGUGCUUUUACUUGAAAAGCAUUGAGGGAGAUACUGUAUUCUUUAGACAUGGGUUAAAUGUAGCUGCUUCAGCCUCUGAAAUGACGUGUUAUUAGAAUGAGUACAUUCACAGAUGUAUUCUAGCUGUUGUUUGCAAUUUUAUUACACAAAGCAAAUCUAGAGUUAAUGGUACAUAAGGAAAAGAUGUAAAAGUUUUGCACAACACUUGAAAAUCCAACAUUUGCCUGAUUACACAUCUCAGUUCAGUAUAACCUCCCAUUUUAACGUGGGCAGUUUUCAGGCAUUGUUUCUUCCACUAUAGGAGCAGUGAAUGUGAGGGUAAUUACUGUUCUCUAGAAUUCAUGGUUUACACUCCACACUCUCAGGAUGGCCCAUUAAGUACAGGGGCUACAAAUACAACUAUACAAGAAAAGCAAAUCAAAAGCAUGUCUCUUAUUUAUUCACUGAGUAAAUUUAUCACAGUCGAGAUUCAAGUUUUCCUAGAGUAGCUGCCUUCAUGAAAGCAGUCCUGUUCUACUUUGUCUAAACGUAGCAGCUUCUUGCUUUCUACUUGCACUCAAUAUCCAUAUAAUUUGCAUGGAACUGCUGAACAGUUGGUAACUGUCAACCAAAACCUUGGUGUGUGUCCUUUUCAGAAGGAUUAUAUGUUUUAGCCAUUCUGUAAGUGGCUUAACUUGAUAAAAAGUAAUAUUGUCUUUUUCCACUGGUUUCGUGAUGUUUCACCAAAAACAAGAUAUUUGUAUACAUGUACACAUACAUACACACUUUUUUUUUUUAAGAACUACAGCAGUGUGAUCCUCAAGUGUCUUGACUGCCAUUAAAAUAAACAGAAGCUGAGGCAUAUUAACACCAUGAAGAAAGAGAAUCCAUACAUCCUAAGCUGUGUUUUUAACACAUUUUUCUAUAGCUCUAUUCUUUGCUAACAAUGCAUACGGACCACCUUAAUGUUUUGGUUUUUUUUUUCCCCAAAAGGGAACAACAGUAAAAGUUAACAUGGAAGUGCUGCUUUAGCCAAGCAUGUAAUCCAGGGAAAGUGAUGGACAGAUAACAGAAUGCACUACAACCACUUGCCAGCUUCUUAUUACAGAAACGUUUUCUUUAAUACUACCCUUUCACCAGCUUUAAGAUAGCAUCCCAGGGCCUCACGCCUGAAAGGUUCUUAUUUGGCAGAGGAAUUUCUGGCUAUUCAGCACAUAGAGCUAGCUGUCCAAGGGCUUAGACCAGAACAAUCGAAGGGUAAAGGAGGGAGUGAGAAACACUGGAAGGACAGAAAUAUGUCAUGGACUGAGGUGAGCAUAAACUCUUGUAUAACUAUCCAAAUCCUGUGCAUUUUAGGCUCUACAGACUCUACAGGCUGUUAAUGCAAAACCAAAGGCCUGCCUUUGUCAGUUGAGUCCUCACUUCCAGAAAUGAGAUACAGAUGAGAAGAAAAAAGGAAAUAAAAAUUGUAAGGCAUUGAUAGCUGUGGUAACAGCAUCCCACUAGUGUACUGCCACUAAAGCAGCAGACAAAGUGGUGUGAUUUAGGUUCUCUGUAUUAAGACACAUCUUUGUUCUCCUCUGCAUGAAGUGCUUUGCAGUCUACAUAUAUAACAAACCUGGACCAGAGAACAAGCUGGAGAUGGAAUGAAAGAUAAGAAUACUGACAAAUGAAAAAGCUUGUUCGACUACCAGCAAUAAUCUUCUGCAACACUCUACUUUUGCAUUAACUACUAAAGGGUAGUGAAGGUACUCCCUUAGAGCCUUCUCAUGUCAAAUAGAAGUUUCUACCAAAUCCACCUGCUGCAAAUACAUGCCCUGUUCAUAAUAAGGAUGGCACUCUUAGAUGAAACUGCAUCACCUUGGAAAGAUUUUUCAAACUGACCUCCCUGGUUCAUACGUGCAGCUGCUCUACCACAUGUAGUAAGACUGCAGUCACAGGCAGGCUUCUAUUUUGGCAGUCCCUUCCAGACGGGGAGUGGCUUCUCGCACUCUCCAUCUUGCACAGACUUUAUUUUCCCUGUUUCCUCUGAGCCCAACUGGAAAUCAGCAUUUAGGAACACUAGGCAAUGGAAGCACAGGGCAAGGACAUGUGUCCUUGAAGCUACUUUCUGUCAUAUGCAUUACAUCCAUGCCUUCCUCCAUCCUGCUCUUCAAAAAGAAGGCAGCAAUUAUGCCAAAAUGUUAAUUAAAUUCAAAAUAACUAGCAGUGACUUGCUACUCUUCUGGAACAUUAAGCGUGUAGGUACAGGUACACCCUUUCAAAAGACCAGGAAAAAAAACUCUGUGAUACAUUCCUAACCCACUUUAUUAAUCUAAAUACAGUGCUGUCAUACCAAAUGGUUUGGCCACCCCCUGCAAACACAGGAAGAAAGUGUCAGAACAUGUUCUUUGUAACUCUAAGCUUGCAUUUAGGGCAGUCUUAAUGAAAAUCAUCCAGCUGUGUCCAUAAUCAAGCAUUCUCAUAGAUCCUUCUAGCACUGCCACUUAGUAGUCUUUUCUGUCUUGUUUCAAAGACCCUCUCUGAAGGAAUAUCAGCCUUGCUCUCCUUUGCUCAGUAGUGCCAUUUAACCUCACUGCUACAGGUCUACACAGCAGGGAGCCAGUAGAUCCCAAUGGAUGGUGAGCCAGUUUAUGUGGCUGCAGGGGAACAGACUACUUGGUUAAAACAUACCUCUGCUAAACAGGGCACUGUCAAAUCUCAAGACCAAAGCUUAACAUGAAUACAGUAAUACAGAUGAGAAAGCACACAUUACAUACUGUUAUUCCUCUUAACUGUAAUAAAACAAUUCCAGGUAACAACAAAGCGUCCUGGUGGCCUGCAGUCCCAAUGACUACAGUUCCCUUCAUACCUUCACCAAACUUCAUAGCAAAAUAAAAAAAUAAAAAUCUGUAUCUGUAGUUCCAUAAAGGACUCCAAAACUGAAUAGCUGUCCUACUGCUGCGUACAGCUGCUAGCUGGAGUCAUCUGCAGUGCAUAUUCUCUUCAGAAGGAAAAAUUUCAUACAAAUAACCUCAAUUCUGCAUCUGAGGGCUUAGCAAGGCCUGAGAGUACCUACAAACACUGGAGAAUAUAUAUUUUGUUUUGAUUAAGCAAGAACACACCUACAGUAUAGAAAUCAAUCUAAGCUUCUCAUGUAAAAUAAACGCAGAAUCCUAACCGCAAACAGAACGCAAAGUAAACACUGUAAAAAGAAAAAAAAAUCUAAAUAGCCAUAAUGAGUGCAGCUAUACU